CCAAACAUACACUAGUAAAUUGUCCCCCAAACCCUAAAGAUUAAUUGAAAUUACGAGAAACCCAUAAGAAAGAAAAUGGGAGAUUCUAGCCCACGUGAGAACAUUUUGAAUGUAUGGAAACAAAUCCAAGUGGGUACGUAGUGUCUGGUGAACCAGAGAAGGAAAAAAAAAAGGCGAAAAUGAAACUGUUGAUCAAUACCGAUCCAAUGAAUCCAAUAUCAUAAUUUAUUUAUUUUUAAUAAUUAAUAAGUACCCUUUUCAAAUCUUAGUGGAAGAGUCAAGGUGUUCAUGGAUUCUAUGACCCUAAUCAAACCACCACACAAUAUAAAUUAUAACUUAAUUAGUUCUAGAUAGCGUUUUGUCAUGGUAUGGUAGUGACCUACAGUCUUGUACGUAUAAUUCUACAAGUUAGGGUAAAACAAUAUAAGCUUGUGAUGCAGGGAACAUAAGAGCUAGCAAGGUUGAACAGUUUUCAAUUUUUUUUUUGUUUUUUGUUUUCAUGAAGUUGAUUCGUUCAUCAAAGUGAAGUAUGUUAGAUUAUGAUGGUAAGGGUUUGUCACAAGAAAUGGAUGUGAAGCUGGUUACGCCAACGGUGGCCUACUAUGAUAACAUGUAUGUUACCUAGAUUACAGAGAGUUUAUCAUGAGAGAUCGAAGCACAUUGAGAUAGAUGUACGUGCAUGUAACUAGAGAGGAUCAUACCAUGAUCAAAAUUGAAGUAUGUUAGAACAUACGAUCAGUUUGCAGACAUUUUUACAAAGGUCUGACUAGAUACGGUUUACUAUUUACUAAACAAGUUGAUUCGCUCGUCAAAGUGAAGGCAAGUCGAUAAUCAUCAUCUCAAUUGCCUACUGGAAGCUGGCAGGAAGGGUUGGAAGAUGUCGUUACAGUGUUUGAAAAUUGCAAAGCUGGCAGACUCAUAUGGAACUUGGUAAUCAACGAGAUACAGAGAGAAAGAUGUCGACGAUUAUACGAGAAGAAGAGUUACACAAGCGUGGAAUUUGUGGAAAGGUUGAAGCAAUUGAUAGAGUGCAAGGGUUGUCUGCCCAGAAUUUUUAGCUCACCUCCUUGUAUAAAACUUGUACGGUACUGUCUGUAGUUGUUAGUAUACAGAGCAGAGUACACGAUUGUAAAAAUAAUGCAAAGAGGUAGCCGAAGUUUCGCAACUCUAAAGUAGUGGUUGAUCAAAAACUUUGCAAAACAUUUUGCUUUUAAAAUCUCUCAUGGGUAAGAAUUACGAUGAUUAGGUUAUGGCUUUUCCGAUGCGGGUAAUAUUUACUUUGAGCGUAUAUGAUACAGAACGUGAAUAGUAAAACCUAAAAUUUGAGAUAGAUAAUAGACCACUGUUACACAACAGUGUCUGUCUAGUGCAUCUUUAUUUCAUGUGUGAUGAUUAGCAGAUUAGGUUAUGCCUUUCCCGAUGGCAAUUCAUGUAACAAAAAAAAAAAAAAAAGGAAAACUCUUCCCUUUCUAGUCAUCCAUCAACUAAGUUAAGUAUCUGCCAAAAUGGCUAGUUAAUCAAAACUACUUAAUUAACCACUCUAAUGACCCCACUUAUGAGAAGUUCAAUAUUCCUACCCUAUAGUGUUAUUGCCUGCCUCGUGCUGCUGCUUGGAUUUGGGAGCCCAUUAACUAAAGAAGGGUUUUAGUUUAGUUAAUUAGUUUAAUUAAUCAACUACUUGAUGACAUGACAAAGACAAACAAUCCACCUUUCAUUCCUAAUUGCCCCUUUUGACUCUCCACAGAAGAACUGAAACCCUUUUUCUUCUCACUUUUUGGAGAAUCAUGAGAUGUCUGUCCCAAGCUUUCUUAGUACUGAUGAUGAGAGGCUGACUGACUGAGACCCAUAGAAGGGAAUUAUAAUUUGCUUUUUUGUUGUUGUUGUGUGUUGUUGAUCAACAUAUUUUCUGAAUUUCUUGAAAAGGAGAGCUGACCAUAUGUAGAAUAGAAGUCCUUCAAAAGUGCAGGUUUCCUGGAACACUCUUUUUGCCACAUGUGUGGGUCAUUAACAAGUUUUUAUGUACAUAAAGUUUUUUCCUUUUAAAGUGGUUGAGUACUUCAAUUUAUAACAAAAUUAUAUGACAUGUCGCGAUUUCGAUUACAUUUUCAGGAACCGGUCUAACAUGUAGUAAGUACUUGUUGAAACUUGAAAACAUUGAGAAUAAUUGUCACUCAUUUGAGCUUGCAUAAUUGGUUUGUUAGAUGGUCAGAUUGAGAGAAGACGGAGAAGUAGCGAUCAUUUGCACACUUAUUGGACGUCAUUGACUCUUUCGAUCUUAAUGGGACUUGUUCCCUUCAUAGAGAUUUAACUAAAGAGUAAAAUAAGUAGCGAAAUUGGUUAUCAACGACUCUACAUCAAAGGAUUAUAUUAAAAAAAAAAAAAACUUAUUCCAGUGAACCUUGAGUACUAGUUAUUAAUCUAUAGUACAAGUGUCCCUCUUGGGAAUUAGUAAUUAGGAUAAAUAAUUAGACAAUCUGUUGACCAUAGUACUCACAGAGCAAAGACUUUGGUUUUGCUUCCACAAUGCUACCAUGUGACUUGUGAAGUAGCAGAAGAUGACAAACAUGGGAAAACAAGGAAAUGAGCUUUUGACUUUAAUGACAUGGGUUAAAUUUUUUAUUCAUAAUUAACUAGUAAUUAUUAAUCAAGUAUGUAUAUGCUCUUGUCCUGGUCCUCUCUUUAUGUGUGGAGCUGCAGCUUCUAUAACACACAGAACAUGAUAGAAAGAAAGAGCCUAUACUAAUUUAUGAAUUAAACUAAUUAGCACUUAAGGAAUUCAUGUGUUUGUGUAAGUGGAUUAGGGGCUUAAUAAUGUAGAUCUUAUGUCAGUCUUCCCUAGCACUACAUACUGAAACUUACUGUCCAGUGUAAAACAAAAAUGUUAUUCUCCUACACUAAAUUAAGUUAUUGAUUCUUGAUAUGACUUAUUUUCAUACAAUAACGGUUUUUCGACAUUUCAUUCAGUUUAUAAGCGACAUAGAUAUACCAACUCACCAAUCUAUGAAAAUAUUGCUACUCCUCGAUUUUGUUAAUAAUAGACUUGGAAUUAAAAAUAUUCAAUUUUGAAAACUUGACAAGAUUAAUGGUACUACUCGUAAUAGGAUAAGAUAUUUUUUCUUCAUUAUUGCUACUUCUACAUUAAACAAUAUGAGAAAAGUACAAAGUACAGAUCUUAUCAAAUUCGAACCAACUAGCUCAACAUCAUCAUAGUAUGACUUAACCCAGUUGAUUAGUACACAAUGUUUCAUGUUUUGGGUGCAACUAGCAUUUGUUUAGGUUUAGUUAAGAGAUAAAAUGGCAAUGCAACUGCCCCCGUUGAAAACCUGGAGACCCAUCCAAAUUACAUAUUGAUCAUUCCUCCAUAUGGGUUUGCAUAAAACGCGGGUUCCCACAUGUGCCCACGAACUUAGAAGAAGAAGAAGAAGAAGUGGUUUUAUCGUUUGGGGCAAGCAAAUGCAAAGACAAAAUUGUGCACAAAACGCCAAUUUAGAAGAACAUCGUUAUUCAAAUGUUUUCGAGUCUCUCUAGGAAGAAUUGCACUCCCCCAAAAACCAACUCGGUUAUCUUCUUCUUGUGGUCUUAUCGGGUAUAGCCAUUAGGAAGUAAAAUCCAAUCCACCACACCAUCCCCACAAGAGAUGAUUAAUAUACUAAUUCGUGAUGACUCAUUUCGUCAAAUCUUAGUUCCUAACUAUAGAGUCUAGAUACAUUUGUACCCCAGAUAAAUGGAAAUCAAAACAUAAAGAGUGUUUAAUCAAAUGGAUACAUAAUGGCUAUGGUAAGUUUGUAAAAAUUAUAAAUCAUAGUGGUUUGGAGUCUGAGCACAAUUCGUUCGACCGAUCGCAAAAUUUAGUCGACCGAUGUAGUGAUUUAUAUGGCAUGUGAUUGACAAGUUUUACAAUGGUUGAUCGCUCACUUUCACGGGUCGAGUGAGUUCAAGAGGAGAUGCCUAAACCAACCAAAUGUAUUGACUUUGUGUUCUAUAACAUUAUGAAGGUUGACCAAAGAACCAUAGGCCGACCUCUUAGUUUCCAUGUCGACUGAAUUCAAGGCGUCAUGCCUACACCAAAAAAUUUGUUAUAUCAUGUCAAUCAUCUUGUCAUAUAGGUCGACCGCUUCAAGUGAAAGAUGCUAACCUAACAGACUUGUUGCUUGUUCCGAUCUACAACUAUGUUGUGCAAGAUGACCAGCUUUGGAGAACAAAAUGUUCAGCGCCCAUAAUUUGUAGUGAAACAUAUCGUUAUCGUCAACAAAUCUAUUAUUAAACGUUAGUUAUGGUGGAUUUGUUCUUCUUCACGAAGCUAAAAAAACAACGAUAACUUAUUUACACAAAUUUUAUAUUGAUAAACAAAAAAAAUAGGUGGUUAUUUAUUGAGUUUUUCAUUGACAAUAAACUGAAUUAAAUGGUUCAUGUGUCUUGUUUAUUACUAAAACUUUUCUAAUUAUGGAAUCUCACUCCACAUUGAUAAGGUGAUAGUCAACCGAUGGAUUGCGUGAUAGAAUAAGUCGAACAUUUUUUUCAUUUUAGUGACGGAAUCAUGUUCUAACAGUAAUUACGUCAGGGCCAACCAGUCAACUAUCUGGAGAGGUCGAUCAUUUUCCUUCUAACUAGAAUUCCAAGGGUAUUAUUGAUCAACGAAUGAGAUUGUCAGACUCCAAAUCACUAUGACUUGGAGUUUGGUCUAAUCAUGGGCAACCUACUAUAGCUAGCUAAGGCUAGGGGGCUAAUAUAAUUAAGAGGGCUCUCUAAUCGUGAUUAGCUACUUUGACAUUCCUGAUCACCACCUCACCCAUUUGUUCUUUGGCAGUAAGUAAUUGAUAUUGCCCCUCCACAUCCCUAUAACCCUAACCCUAACCCUAACUAUAUACAUAUAGCCUCGAUCGAGUGAAUGAAGUAGCUUAGCUAGAUAGGGUUGGCUAGCUAGCUAUAUAUGUCUACUUGGUUUUUGCACGUGAACAUGACGUGCCACAUACAAUGCUUUUUAUAGCUUCUAAUUUACCUCAUGUUAGUUAGUUAUCUCACAUGGUUCAAUUUUACAUACAGUUUACUUUGUCGGUUAAAACCCUAGCUUAGAGUGUUGAACAAUAAACUUCUGAUGCGACCCCUUUUUGGGGUCAGGUCUAAGAUGCAUUAGUGUAGGGCAGAAGAGCUCACGAUUUUCAGCCUAGAACUAGCUAAAGGAAUGAUGAUGUUUUUAUGUUCGAAGGGCUUUCUUUCUUGAGCUCCCAAUAUUCAUAGUUCUCUCAUCUUCAUCUAUGUGUUCUUCAGCUUAAUCAUUAUAACUUUUAUCAUAUCCCACCCAACCUCGAUCUUGCUAAUUAGCAAUGCCACUCAAUUACAUUUGAAAACCGAGAUUACAUUUGGGGAAAUAAUAAGAUCUUUCGUAUAACUUUCCGUCUCGUCAACAAUUCAAUAUUCACAUAUGGUUGUUCAAAAGGUUCAAAUUGACCAAUUAUGUGUCAAAAUUCACUUACAGCAAUUUGGGUCAAUAAUUUUAUAAGAACAUUUCUAAUUAUCUAUUCUCGUUAUUCAUAUAAAUUAAUGGUGAUGAGAUUCUCAUCUAACAAUAAUAUUGGUUAAAUAUUCAAUAAAUAAUGCACCUCGUUAAAAAGAAAUCAUUAUACCUAAGAUAGGGCUCAUAAGACACCGUUAACUUUCAACUUAACCAACCAAUUUGCCACUUGAAAUCACAUCUUAGCCAUAAGAAAGAAGGAUAUAUAUAUAUAUAAAAGUGCAUGUUGUCCUUUUCAUCUCAUUCUACAAGAAUGAAGCUACCACCAUAUAUGUAUUCUACUCCUACCAUACUAUAUUCAUAAACAAUUACAAAGAAUCACUUCAUGAGCUCCUUCUCUCUCCUAUCUUUUUUGACUCACAAGAUCUCCUCUAAAACCCCAACCCAUUCCUCCCUUUAAAAACCCCCAACCUAUCCCUCCUUCCACCUAUUCCAACCUCACUUCACUUCACUCCCUUACUCACAUCUCAUUACCUUUGUCCACUCUCUCUACACCAUAGUUUCACAAACCAAACACUACCCAUUACCAUUCCUUCUCAUCAUCACUCUCAAACCAUGUCCACCGCCGCCUCCAAACACGAUCAACAACCCUUCCACCUCCACACCACCACCUCCCCCGCCGCCGCCGCCUCCGGCGGAACCUUCACCAUCCUCCAACGAAACCCCGCCACGUCGUCGUCCUCCCCUCCCGCCACGGAGCGCCGAGGCCGCCGCAACAAGCAGGCCGAGCCGGGCCGCUUCCUGGGCGUCCGCCGCCGCCCCUGGGGCCGCUACGCCGCCGAGAUCCGCGACCCGACCACGAAAGAGCGGCACUGGCUCGGCACCUUCGACACGGCCCAGGAGGCCGCCCUGGCCUACGACCGGGCCGCCUUGUCCAUGAAGGGAACCCAGGCCCGCACCAACUUCGUCUACGCCCAGCCCAAUAAUAAUAAUAAUAAUCACAACAACUUCCAUUCCCUCUUAUCUCCCUACGACCCCCACCAAAUUACAUUCAUGCCACCGCCGCCACAUCACCACCACCCGUUCCUCAUCAACUACCCCGCACCCAAGUACGAUAAUAGCCCGCCCGCACCGGAUCGCAGCCCGCCGCCGCCAGCCGGGGAUCACGAUUUCUCCUGCUUGUUCCCCGCCGCUGACGUGGACGAGUCCAAUUCCGGGUACCUGGGCUGCAUCGUACCGGAUAACUGCCUCCGCCCGCCUUCCUCGGGGUCGGGAUCCUCCUCUUCCAGCAGCAACAACGGGCAGCCCAAAACGCCGUCGUUUGGUAACGCGGGGCUUGCUUUUGGCGGGGAGGAGUCGUGGUCGCCGUCGUGGGACGGGUACGAUUCCGGGGACCUGUCGGCGGUGAUCAACAGCUGCCGGACGAUGAGGGUGGAUGACGCAUGCAUGGAGGGCGGGAACAUGAUGAAUCCGCUGUACUCGAGCCCUGGCGAUCGUCGUUAUGAUGAGCAGAAUGGUGACGGCAGUGGGGCGGCGUGUUACGGCGGGCUGGCGGCGGCGAGUCAGUCGUAUGGUUCGGGGACGAGUUACGGCGGCGAGUCGGUGGAUUUUGGCUACUCGUUGUUCUAAUUAUGAUUUUAUGAUUAUGAAGUAUUUAUGUGUUCCAGUUGAGUUAUGAGUCGUACGCUAAUAUAUAUAUAGAGUUUUAUAUAUUCACGUGCAUGCUAGUGCUAGGGUUCUUCAUCCCGGUCUUCUCGGGUCUUGCUUUCUAGUUAAUCUCGCUGCCAUAUGAUUAUGUAGUUCUUUUGUAAGUAAAACGUGAGAGGGAAUGAAACAUUUUGCGCGCGUGGUUUUGGGGUUAAAUUAUUGUGGAAGUGAAUGCUUAAGUCGACGAUCAUGAUUGUUUUUCGUGUCAUCAGAAUUUUUAGGAAAGUUUGUGAAAAAAAAUUUUGAAUUCCUAUUUGUCGUACUAAAAUUCAAAUUUUAUCACCCUAAAAUACACCAAAUUGACAUAUUUACCUCAACACAAUUUAUUUCCUAAACCCUAAAUCAAACAAUCCCUCCCCAACCAGACAAUCCCUUUUUUAAUGGAAAAUGGAGUUUGUCACUCAUUUUAACUAUAGAUUAUGAUUAUCACUUCAACGUAACUGUUUUGUUUACGUAUACAAUUCACAUGUAGAAAAAUCCAUAAUUUUGGAUUUUUUGUUUGUUUGUUUGCUAUGGAUUCAUGGAUUCACAUAGCAUAAUAUCCCGAGUUGGGAAAAUAGACCAGACCAUUAGAAAAAUCGUGGUUCAAACCGUACCGCACAGUUUGGUCCAGAUCGUAGACCGUUAAAUAUGGUCUGGUCUGGUCCAUGAUUUGUAUUAUUUUAUGUUUGAUCUUUUGGUCUGGUUUGAUCUAGACCGCGGUUUACCGAACCCAAACCAUGGACCCAACCGACUUGUCAAGACGUGUUAACAGCCCAUUCGACCAUUCUCCCAACUCCCACAACGACACCCAAGUCUCACCUUUAGUUUUGUGAAUCUCAUCCUCCUUCAUUCACAACCACAUUUAACAAGAGAAUAGAGAUAAUUGUGUCUUCAUAUGACAUUAUGUUAAUGUUUAUGACGUUAUGGUGCAAGUUGGGAUGCUUUUACUUUGUGUCUUUGUUAUGUACUAAGAUUUAGGGUAUCAAAAUUAUUCAUGCAUGUUAGGAUUAAUGUGUUAAGAAAAAUAACAAUUAUUUUUCUUGGUUGUUGGUUCAAUUUUUGUGUGGUUGACUAAACAAAUUAUUCACUUUUCGUUGAGUGUGUUCUAUCUGGACCAGACCAGACCGAACCAGACCGCACAGCAGCGGCGGAUCCAGAACACAGAAGUGCACUGGGCCGCAUUUCAUUAGAAAAUGAGAAUAGUAAAAAAAUAUUAUGAUUAUAAUUUUUUUACAAUGUAAAUUGUACACGACGGUAUUUUAAUUUAGCGAAUGCAUUAAUAAAAGAGUCCACAUCCAUACCAAUAGUAUACACUCUUCAAAUAAAAUACUUGAGCAAUCGACUAGAAAUCCAUAGCUCAUUUUGUUGCGCAAAUCAAUUUUCACAUGUUUCAUUGUUGAAAAGGUUCUCUUCGUAUUAGCUGUUGAAACGAGGAGCAUCAACACUAGACAAAUCAAUCUACUAAUCAAUUUGCAUUGUGUUUCCAUCCCUAUAUCCGCUAGCUACUCUAGUAAAUUUUCAAGGUAACAAACCUCAUAUAUGUAUUAGUCUUUUACGUUUUAUACUUUUUGAAUUUUUAGGUUUCAUUGUUUGUUUAGACGAAUAACCUUUGGGGUUAGAAUUUAUAAGCUAAUUUAAAGUAGUGAUUUUGAAUAUGUUCAUCUGAAUCAUUUUUCUAAUUAUACCCAAUCUUAUUGUACGACCCGGAUAUCUAAAAUCAAAAAAUUCAUAAGGUCUAUAUUAACUAUGGAUCCAGAGGAGGGCUGGGCCGGGGCCCGGGGUGGCCACCCCCUGGAUCCGCCACUGCCGCACAGGCGUGGUCUGGACCGGACCGUAUAGUUUGUGGUCUGGUCUAUGGUAUAUACUUCAAUCUCUCGGUCUGGACCAUAGACCGUAUAUAUGGUCUAGUCGGGAACAGACCGCACCGUUUCUCAGCCCUACCCCUUCUUAUAAAAAUAAAAAUCGUAUUUCCGAAAAAUUGACGUGAUCGAUAAAUUCAAAUAUGUAAUCUCUCAUAUGUAUUAACAAUUUCGCAAGCUUAAUUAAGGCCAUGUUUGGAGGAUGUGAUUUUCAUUGAUGUAUUUAAUCAAUACAUGAAAUCAUG